CGGGCCGGGCCGGGCCGGGCCGGGGCGGUUCGUGCUCGGCGGCGGGGGAGUGUCCGCGCUGCUUGGGGAAGGCACACGCGGUAUCCGGGCCAGUAUUUGGUGUAUUAUAUUGAAGUGAAGUCAAAACUGUACAUAAUACAUAAAUAAUACAAUACAAAUUGAGAUUGAUCAUGAAGACCUUUUGUGGAAGAGCUAAUCCAACCACUGGUUCGAUGGAGUGGUUAGAAGAGGGUGAGGACUAUGACUACCACCAGGAGAUUGCAAGAUCACGCUAUGCAGAUAUGCUUCAUGAUAAGGACAGAAAUGUGAAAUACUACCAAGGUAUUCGUGCUGCAGUGAGCAGAGUUAAAGAGAGAGGUGAGAAAGCAAUUGUGCUGGAUAUAGGGACAGGCACAGGACUCCUGUCCAUGAUGGCAGCUUCGGCCGGGGCAGAUUUCUGCUAUGCAGUUGAGGUGUUUAAGCCUAUGGCUAAUGCUGCUGUGAAGAUAGUGGAGAAAAAUGGUUUUUCUGACAAGAUCAAAGUAAUCAACAAGCAUUCCACUGAAGUCACAGUUGGCCCAGAUGGAGAUAUGCAGUGUCGGGCAAACAUCCUGGUAACAGAAUUAUUUGAUACAGAGCUGAUAGGAGAAGGAGCUUUACCAACCUAUGAGCACGCACACAAAUACCUUGUACAGGAAGGAUGUGAGGCAGUGCCUCACAGGGCAACAGUGUAUGUCCAGUUAGUGGAAUCCAAAAGAAUGUGGUCCUGGAAGAAACUGUUUCCUGUUCAUGUUGAAGCAGAGGAUGGUGAAAAAAUUCUUGUUCCCCCUUCAGAAAUGGAGAACUGUCCAGGUGUUCCUUCUGUUUGUGAUAUCCAACUGAACCAGAUGCCUUUAAGUGACUUCACUACCCUUAGUGAUGUGGUGGCAAUGUUCAGUGUGGAUUUCAGUAAGCCAGUACAGAGUGCUUCUACCUAUUAUAGAGUGCAGCUGAAGCCUGUGAAAUCUGGCAAGGCACAAAUUGUCCUUUCCUGGUGGGAUAUUGACAUGGACCCCUCUGGGAUGAUAAACUGUACAAUGGCUCCCUACUGGGUAAAACCCACUUCUGCUUUGCAGUGGAGAGAUCACUGGAUGCAGUGUGUUUAUUUUCUUCCAAAUGAGGAGCCAGUUCUGCAGGGUGAGAAGUUGUACCUGACUGCCUGUCGUGAUGAGUACUCUGUGUGGUACAACCUGCAGAAAGCCAGAGAAGGGGAAAAUAAAGCAGAUGAAGAGGAGCAUAAAGCAGAUGUUUGCGUGGAGAGUCCUGUCUGUAGGUGUCGUGCUCAUCUGCUUUGGAACAGAGCCCGCUUUGGGGAGCUGAAUGAUCAGAACCGAACACGCCAAUACAUCAAGGCCUUGAGGAAAGUUCUGAAAACAGAUAGUGUUUGCCUUUGUAUCAGUGAUGGCAGUCUGCUGCCUGUGCUGGCUCACUGUCUUGGAGCAAAGCAGGUGUUUACAUUAGAAAACUCUGGUGUGUCCUGUUCUGUCAUGGAAAAAUUUUUUAAAGCAAAUCAUCUUGAAGAUAAAAUUAAAAUAAUAGAAACACGUCCUGAGUUGCUGAAGCCUUCUCAUUUGGAAGAUAAAGAGAUUUCUGUCCUUGUGGGAGAGCCAUUUUUCACUACAAGUUUGUUGCCGUGGCAUAACCUGUAUUUCUGGUAUGCCAGGACAGCUGUGAGCACUCACCUUGCCAGCAAUGUCACUGUGCUACCUCAGUCUGCUUCUUUGCACAUGAUGAUUGUGGAGUUCCAGGACUUAUGGAGAAUCCGGAGUCCAUGUGGCAUCUGUGAAGGUUUUGAUGUCCAGACUAUGGAUGAUAUGAUUAAAGAUUCUCUGAAUUUUAGGGAAUCCAGGGAAGCAGAACCUCACCCGCUGUGGGAGUAUCCCUGCAAGUCACUCUCAGACCCACAGGAAGUUUUGACAUUUGACUUCACAAAGACUGUACCACAACACUGUCUCAGCACCGAGGGCUCUGUAAAACUCUUACGGAAAGGCAAGAGCCAUGGAGCAGUUCUGUGGAUGGAAUAUCACCUUGCUGCUGAUGUCUCCGUUAGUACAGGACUGAUGCAAAUGUCAAAUGAAAAGGGAAUCUGUGAAUGGAAUCCCCACUGCAAGCAAGCUGUUUAUUUCUUCAGCUCUGUUAUUGAAUCAGAAAUUCUGUCAGAGCCCACUGCUGUCACAUAUGCUAUAAAUUUUGACACAAAGACAGGAGAGAUUGCCAUGGAUUUUAAGCUAUUAUAAAAUACUUUCCUUUUGUUCAUAUUCCUAAAUUAUAAUAAACAUACAGUAUUUUUUUUUUUUUGUAUAGCAGGGGGUUUCUUUUAUUGUGUUCAGAGAGCAGACUGUUCUGAAACAUACUUCUAACUUUUUUGGAUUUGUUUUCAAAAUACAGUUAGUGAGGUAGAGAGGAACCAUUUCUUAGGGACAGGUAUUCUUGUCAUAUAUUCUUGUAUAUAUAUAUCCAUAUAUACACAUGCUUUAAAUCAUCUCUUUCAGGGUUUCACACAGUGUUAAUGAGCUGCAGAACAGUUGACUUGACAGUAGCAGCUGGUUAUGUCAUGGCAUAUCAUGCAUAUGAGGUCACCAGGCCUUAACACUGACAUUAGAGAAAAGUCAGUUAAACAGAUCUAUUUCUAGGCUGUGCUCUUUUCACUGUAAAAUGGGAAAUAAUCUCCAGAGUGCACCAAAAAAAUCCCAAGUCAAGCUACAUAUGUAUAUUAGUACACUUAAUAGGGAGAAGGAAACAGCUUAGCUGCUCUCAGACUUGUCUAAGUUGUGGCUGGUUCUAAGCUGAAAUGGCCAGUGAAUUAAACUGUGGUGCACUGAUGUUCUGCUGGAACUGAUGUUCUGUGAUGCUGCAUUUCUGAAGAGUCCUUUGCCAAACAGUGACCAAAAUCUGGGAAGUUGUAACUGGAAAUUAGAAAAUGCACAUAUUCAAAUUAGUUGGAAGUGACAAACUGAUGGUAGUCUGACCAGAAACAAAAGGAAAAGAAUGGGAGUAGUCUAAAAAGAAAAUCUUUAUGAGAUAUGUAAUAUUCCAUAUAUGAUUAAAAAUGUGCUCUUAAACUCAUUUCAUCAGAGGUGUAAAUAACACCUGCCAGUUUGGCUAACUUGUAAGGUGCUCUGCAGUAGCACAUCAACUACUGAGGUUUUCUUAGUUGCUCUCCAGAUCACACUGGCAGCAAUGGCAUUGUGUGAAAUGAGUUCUGCUUUAGAUGAACAAUCAAUUGGUGUAUCUGUUUUGUAUGUGUGACCUAUUAAGAUUUUGAUAGAAAAUCAAUGUCCUGCCAGUCCCAAAUUGUGUCAGCCAUCCGCAGGGAUAACAGUUACCAAAGCUACUCCUAUUUCCUCUGAGCAGCAGCUUUAGCAAAGUGAAAGGAAUACCAUGAGGAAGCCACAAGGCAGCAGCAGCCUCCCCUACUCUGCUUUCCUGGUCACCAUGAUGCAUCAUUCUUGUGAGUAAAAUGUUUUCCUUUUUCUUUUCCUAACGGUGUGAUCAUAUUUAUAGACCCACAAGCCAUCUGAAAUAUUCCUAAAUUUUUAGACCCAUUUUCCUGAUGAACAGAAACCCUGCAGCUCCUGCUGAGGUCUGUGAAUUUCACUUUUCAAAACUGCACUUUUAAGAUGCUUAACUUUAGUCUGUCAUCUCUUACAGACUUUGCUGGAAUAUGUAGGUUGCUGUUCAUGAAACAGUUGUUUUAAUUUUGAUACACUGUGCUUAGCCCACAGAAAGUAUGGUAGCAAAUAUUGUUGUUAUGUGUUGUACACAGUACAGUUGGAAAGGGAACAAUAAUAUGGCCAAACCUUUAAAGUAGUAAAGGCUUGGACCUUUAUUUUUUUUUAAAAAAGGCACAGGCACAAUUGUGCAAGGCUGGAAAAGGCUGACAUUGUACAGCUGCUCUUCUCCUGACUCUGUCCUGUAACUCCUGAGUCUGGCCUGACACAGAAAGCAUGAGCUGCUGUUCUUGUUCUGCAGUAGGAAGAGCUUCUGAAAGUGCAUUUAACUACACAAGUCAUUCUGGAUCCAGCAAGAGAAUACAGUGUUCUAUAGGGAGCCCAAAAAUAAUAGCAAUAUAUUAGAAUUUAUAUGUUUGGAAAAAUAAGAUAGGAAAAAAACACAACCAAAAUCACAGUGUUUUAUUGUGUAAUGUUAACUUUCUCAAAGGUAGCUGUGUAUGGAUGUUCCUGAAUUGUGCUUCCUAAGAAAAAAUUAAACAUAAAUUUGUUAAAAUGCCAAAGGGAAGAAAUCCACACUGAUGGGAAUUUGUAUUUUGUUACGAGUGUUAUGUAUGUUGAAGUUAUGUGGUCCUUGCAGUGGGUAUUAGGGAUGGUGACUGAGGGGCAUCCUUGUUAAACCCUUUUGAUGUUGUGACACUUGGGACUGUAGAGGUUCUCAGGGGUGAGUGCAGUGAAGGGGAAGGGCAGAGGCUUUAUGCAGUAGCAGCAAUCUGCAGAACUGUGCUCCCAGGGCUGAACUGUCUGCUGUGUGCAUAUAAGGAAAACAUCUUAAAUUUCAGUAUACCUGGAGCAGAAAUUGCAUUGCUGCUAUCAAAAAAACCCCCAAACCACUGGAAGGAUGGAAUGCCGAGCAUAUUUUAGCACCUUUGGGUUCCUUAGAGGAGCAAAAUCUGAUGGAUAUACUCAAGAAACCUUGUGCAUGUUUUAGUUCACUGUGAGUGUUACCAACAUCACUAAUGCUUGCUGGUUUGGCUUGUGCAUUUAGACAGGCACCACAACUGCUUUAAGGAUUUGGUUAAAAUUGCUGGGAGCUGUUACGUUGAGGCAAGCUCUUACCACGUGUGUGUGUACUUAGGACUAUUUAUUGUAUGUAUCAGUCUUCCUUGACUUAUAUGAGUUCUUCAGGUUGGACUUAAAAACCUAAUGUGAUCUGUAAAUUGUGUGGAAAACAGCUGCUUACAGGGGGGGACUGGCCAUUUCUUACACAUGUGUGCAAGAGCAAAAUAAAAGACUGCUUCUAUCUC